CCAUAUUGCCACUUGCCCUUUGGCCAUUUGUCCAGCAGGCAGGGUUACACACAAACGACGGGUUUAGAGAGAGAGAGAGAGAGAGAGAGAGAGAGAGGGAGAGAGAGAGAGGGAGGGAGGGAGGCAUCGAGGCAGAACCAGGGCUCUCAGUUCUGAACUCUGUGUAUGUCUGUGUGCUGGAGGCCAUCGUGAUGCACUGCUCUGGUAAACCGGGUGUGUUCACAUGGACAGGCACCCUGAGAACAGGAGAGCACUACAGCACAGCACGAACACAGGUCAACAUGUCAGCUCCAAGCUCCAGUGGUCUUGAGGUGCUUCUGUCCAGUCUACAGAAAGCUGGAGACAUUGAGAGUACUCUGAAUGUGCUGAAUGUCCUGGAUGAGCUGCUGUCUGCAGGUACGGACAGGCGGAUCUGCUACCUGAUCUCUAAGGGGGGUAGUGAAGCUUUGCUCACGACUCUGGUGAACACAGUCAGAUCCUACAGCCAAAACUUCACUGUUCUCCUGCCUGUCCUACACCUGCUCGCCAAAGUUGGACACAGAGACCGGCGGAUCGGGGAGAAGGCAGAGAAAGCAGAUGCUGUCCUGCUGACACUCACACUCCUCCGUCACAACAUGCGGCACGGCAGAAGAGCUGCCUCCUGCCUCUGGGUCAUCAGGGUCUUCUGCUCAUCCAUUUCAACGGCAACCUUGCUGGGGCACAACGGAGCACUUGAUGUUGUUUUUAACUUGAUCACACCUCCUCCUGCAAAACACACACGCACAGUGAAGGCUGCUGUCGAGGUCUUUGCUGCUCUAUUGAGCUCAAAGACGAACUGUCGCAUGGCCGUGGGGAAGGGCUACAUCUCAGCUCUGCUGAGGGUGUACGAGGCUUGGAUCACCUGCCUCACUGUCCAGGGGAAGCUAACCAUCUGUCAGGCCCUCCUACGCUGCCUGCACUCAGCGUCCAGGAGCAGCAUGGGCCGCAGGGCGGUGGUCAGUGAUGGAGGCCUCCAUCUGCUUUAUAGCAUCUCACAGACCUGUCUGUUGACCAAGGGUCUGGAGUCUCUGGUGGAGCAGUCUGUCCAGCUGAUGAGGAAAUCAUAUCCCAGAACGCCUCUUCCUGUGCCCUCCAGCCUCAGUGUCUACAGCUUCUGUCUGCCUGGCAGGCCUGCGGACACCUGGAAGGCAGACCCUGGAGCCCUGGAUGGCAGCUUUGAAAACGACAGUGAUGAAGAGCAUGAAAAUGAAGAGACGGACUGUCACAAUUACGAGGAUGACCUGGAGACAGACUUGGAUCAGCUGCAGUCUCGGCCUGAACCCGACCGAACCCGGGAACAGCUGGACCAAUACACAUACCUCUGUCCUGAGAUGCAGCACGAUUUCCAGGAUCUGGACUUGGGCUCUGAGCUCGUGAAGACCUCAGAUGAGGGCGGGUUUCUGAAUGGGGACCUGGAAAACAAGACACAAACCUGCAGCCGGGCCCAGGCGCAUCCCAGGGAGUCUCCUGCUCCCUCUGUCCAAAAAAGGCUCUCCUCCCCUGGGGGCGGAGGGGAACAGGUCAUGGGCCAGGCAGACGGGCUUCUCCAGGCCGCGGACGUGUGCAGUCAGUGCCUCUGGAGCCCAGUGCGUGAGCAGGAGGGUGAGGACAACAUGGUGAACAGGCUGUUGGAGCAGUAUGGUGCAUCCAUCCCCUACCACGACCCCCAGCUCUACGCCACCACGGCCGCCCACACCAAGUCCAUUGCUGCAUUCUCCACUCUGGCCUUUCCUGACUUCUGGGGUCACCUCCCUCCACAAGGCCCAGAGCCCAUGGAGACCAGGAAACCUCACGUUCAGAGAAAGAAGGUUUUUGAAGAUGUGUGUCGUCUCCUCCAUCCUGAAGAGCUCAUCAAUAAAGUUGUUUUUGAUUCAGAAGAUCCCAGUCCACAGUGUUCCCAGGAUGGCUGCCUUCGUUUCUUCUCACGGUUUGAGAGUGGGAAUCUGCGCAAAGCUAUUCACAUCCGCACGUAUGAAUAUGACCUGAUUCUCAGUGCUGAUGUAAACUCUUCCUCACACUCCCAGUGGUUCUACUUUGAGGUCAGUAGGGUGCAGGCCAGUGUUCCCUAUCGCUUCAACAUCAUCAACUGUGAGAAGAGCAACAGUCAGUUCAACUACGGCAUGCAGCCUGUGUUGUAUUCAGUCAAAGAGGCACUGGAGGGAAGACCUCACUGGGUUCGAGCUGGAACUGAGAUAUGCUACUAUAGGAACUGGUUCUGCCUCACUGGAGGUCCGAGAGGUCACUCUUUUUAUACCCUGACCUUUACCGUGACCUUUAGUCAUGAAGAUGAUGUGUGCUACGUGGCGUACCAUUACCCAUACACCUACACAGCUCUGCAGACACACCUGCAGGUCCUGGCACGCUCAGUGGACAGACGGAAGGUGUUCUUCAGACAGCAGACUCUGUGCAAGACACUGGCGGGAAACCCCUGUCCUGUGAUCACCAUUACGGCUUGCCCCUCCUCCCGAGCCUGGACACACCUGCACCAGCUCUGGAACCGGCCCUGUAUAGUCCUGACGGCGAGGGUUCACCCGGGUGAGUCCAAUGCCAGCUGGGUGAUGAAGGGCUCUCUGGAGUUCCUGUGCAGCAGUGACCCCGUGGCUGAGAGUCUGAGGCAGGCCUACGUCUUCAAGAUCAUCCCCAUGCUCAAUCCAGACGGAGUCAUCCACGGAAAUCACAGGUGCUCCCUGACGGCUGACGAUCUGAACAGACAGUGGCAGAAACCGAGCGCCAGCCUCAGUCCAACUGUCUACCACACCAAGGGGCUCCUCUACUACCUCUGCAGCACAGGCAGAACCCCGCUGGUGUUCUGUGACUACCAUGGCCACUCCAGAAAGAAGAACGUGUUUGUGUAUGGCUGCAGUGUGAAGGAAACUCUCUGGCAAUCUGGGUCUUCUAUCGACACUACUUCACUUAAGGAGGAUCCAGGGUACAGGACAGUUGCUAAAACUCUGGACCGAAUAGCUCCAGCCUUCUCCAUCAACAGCUGCAACUUCCUAGUGGAGAAGUCACGGGCAUCGACAGCUCGGGUGGUGGUGUGGAGGGAGAUGGGUGUGAUCCGAAGUUACACGAUGGAGAGCAGCUACAACGGCUGCAACCAAGGCAUCUAUAAGGGCCUCCAGACAGGUACACAGGAACUGGAGGAGAUGGGUAGGAUGUUCUGCCAGAGUCUGUUGGCCCUGAGGAAGAACUCCAUCACCUUCAGCAGUGAGCUCAUAACACACGCUGCUGCCAUCCUCCACCUGGACAGCAGUCUGCCGGACCACAACUCCCACAAUUGCUUUGAGGAAGACGAACCUCCAUGUGCAGAGAGUAUCGAAUUCUCAUCACAUACCGACCCAUACACACCCGAUGAGUUUGACGCCGAAGUCAAUGCCAACAUGUCUGAGGAAGAGGAAGAGGAAGAGGACAAAGAUGAGCCUGAGGACAGUCACAGACAGGGGAAGUCCCGCCUGUUUGCUCAUGUAUGCCGGAAAGAUUCACUAGAGACUCUCACCAUGGCAACCAACCCCUGCAAUGGCUUUGAUAUCACCAAUGCCUACCUGAGUUAGGGGUGUUGGCUUGUGAGUUUGUGAUGGUUUUUUUCUCAUCUUAAAUUAAAAUGUGUAUGAUAGAAUAUGAAUUAGGAUUAGAAAUUUGCUAGUCAGCAGUAACUAAGUGAGGGUUUAGUUUAGUCCAAAUGACCUAAAAUCUAUAGAGCAGAGUAAGAAUAGUCUUGGAAUAAACCAGUGCCAGUGGUGAGUCUGUAUCUGAAAUUCUUUAUAGGCUUAAUUUGGGUCUUAAUAUGGGUCAUAAUCUGGGUCUUAAUCUGUGGCUUAAUCUUGGUCUAGGAAUCAGGCAUUAAACUUCAGAUAGCAUUUCAUCCAAAUCAGUGUAACGCGUGGUGGCCCGAGUGCCGCAGGGUGAGGGGCAGGACACACACAAACAUGAAAUGGUUAAGAAGAAACAAGCACAAUAAACACAUAUGUUUCGCAACGAAAAAGGCAACAUUACAUCAACACGUUACAUCCACAAUGACCAACAAUCCUGCACACUACGAAGAGGGUUUAAAUACACAAACAAAAAGGUGCAGGUGUGUGCAGGUGUGGCCACCAACAACGAUCCUCCUACUUCACGUGGCGGGCCAGCCCAUGUGACUCACAGGAGGUGGGCGUUCUGUGACAAUCAGAUGGAGAAUAUUUGCUAGAAAAAUAGAAUUUAUCCACUAUCAGCACGUACAGUACAGCUCAUGUAAACAUAACAGAUAAUAUUAAAAUCUUGAUUUUUCUAAUAAUAGUUCAACAUCUGUAAAGAUCAUUUAAAAUAACUGAAAACAUUAUGUCUGAGUUUAGCGCUUAUAAGAAAACACAGACCCAAAAUUGUACUCAAGGGGUACAGAAUUAGUGGAAAUGACUCAAUGACAGCACUUCAUAAAUAAACAAUAAAUAAAUAAACAUAAAUAAACAAAUAUACAUCGUUA